AGUUCUGGGGCCUCUUUAGGCAGCAACAGCCAAGGCGGGUGGGAAUAUAUGCAGAGGCCCGGCUGCCUGGCUCUUCAUGGUGGUGGGAGCAACCCUACUGCCACCAGGAGGGGCGUUGGGGACCUGAGGCUGCCUGGGAGGGACCCGGCUGUCUCUGGCAGCUCAGCGGUCAGCAGCGAUGAGAAGCCAGGGGAGCGUGAGGAGCAGCCCAGGACAGGGCCCAGAGUGGGUGGGCAGAGGUGGCCGGAAGGUCUUGCGCAUCUGGCUCGGCAAGAUGUCGGUGAAGGAGGGCGCACAGCGCAAGUGGGCAGCGCUGAAGGAGAAGCUGGGGCCACAGGAUUCGGACCCCACGGAGGCCAACCUGGAGAGCGCGGACCCUGAGCUGUGCAUCCGGCUGCUCCAGAUGCCCUCUGUGGUCAACUACUCCGGCCUGCGCAAGCGCCUGGAGGGCAGCGACGGCGGCUGGAUGGUGCAGUUCCUGGAGCAGAGCGGCCUGGACCUGCUGCUGGAGGCGCUGGCGCGGCUGUCGGGCCGCGGCGUUGCACGCAUCUCCGACGCCCUGCUGCAGCUCACCUGCGUCAGCUGCGUGCGCGCCGUCAUGAACUCGCGGCAGGGCAUCGAGUACAUCCUCAGCAACCAGGGCUACGUGCGCCAGCUCUCCCAGGCCCUGGACACAUCCAACGUGAUGGUGAAGAAGCAGGUGUUUGAGCUACUGGCUGCCCUGUGCAUCUACUCUCCCGAGGGCCAUGCGCUGACCCUGGACGCCCUGGACCACUACAAGACGGUGUGCAGCCAGCAGUACCGCUUCAGCAUUGUCAUGAACGAGCUCUCCGGCAGCGACAACGUGCCCUACGUGGUCACCCUGCUUAGCGUCAUCAACGCCGUCAUCUUGGGCCCCGAGGACCUGCGUGUGCGCACCCAGCUGCGGAACGAGUUUAUCGGGCUGCAGCUGCUGGACGUCCUGGCUCGCCUGCGAGACCUGGAGGAUGCCGACCUGCUGAUCCAGCUGGAGGCUUUCGAGGAGGCUAAGGCCGAGGACGAGGAGGAGCUGCUGCGAGUCUCUGGCGGGGUCGACAUGAGCAGCCACCAGGAGGUCUUUGCCUCCCUGUUCCACAAGGUGAGCUGCUCCCCGGUGUCUGCCCAGCUCCUGUCGGUGCUGCAGGGCCUCCUGCACCUGGAGCCCACCCUCCGCUCCAGCCAGCUGCUCUGGGAGGCCCUGGAGAGCCUCGUGAACCGGGCCGUGCUCCUGGCCAGCGAUGCCCAGGAAUGCACCCUGGAGGAAGUGGUUGAGCGGCUCCUGUCUGUCAAGGGGCGACCCAGACCGAGCCCCCUGGUCAAGGCCCAUAAAAGCGUCCAGGCCAACCUAGACCAGAGCCAGAGGGGCAGCUCUCCUCAAAACACUACAACCCCCAAGCCCAGCGUGGAGGGCCAGCAGCCAGCAGCAGCUGCUGCCUGCCAGCCCGUGGACCACGCCCAGAGUGAGAGCAUCCUGAAAGUUUCGCAGCCCAGAGCCCUGGAGCAGCAGGCGUCCACCCCACCCCCACCCCCACCCCUGCUCCCUGGUUCCAGUGCCAAGCCCCCUCCCCCUCCCCCACCACCCCCCCUGCCCAGUGUGGGGGCUAAGGCCCUCCCAACAGCACCCCCGCCCCCGCCCCUGCCAGGCCUGGGGGCCAUGGCCCCCCCAGCACCUCCUCUACCACCACCCCUGCCAGGCUCCUGUGAGUUCCUGCCCCCACCACCUCCACCACUCCCGGGCUUGGGAUGCCCGCCCCCACCCCCACCCCUGCCGCCUGGUAUGGGCUGGGGCCCUCCUCCACCCCCACCUCCACUACUGCCCUGCACCUGCAGCGCCCCCGUGGCGGGAGGCAUGGAGGAGGUCAUCGUGGCCCAGGUGGACCACGGCUUGGGCUCAGCAUGGGUCCCCAGCCAUCGGCGGGUGAACCCACCCACACUGCGCAUGAAGAAGCUGAACUGGCAGAAGCUGCCAUCCAACGUGGCACGUGAGCACAACUCUAUGUGGGCGUCCCUGAGCAGCCCCGAUGCCGAGGCUGUGGAGCCCGACUUCUCCAGCAUCGAGCGACUAUUCUCCUUCCCUGCAGCCAAGCCCAAGGAGCCCACCACGGUGGCCGCCCGGGCCAGGAAGGAGCCCAAGGAGAUCACUUUCCUCGAUGCCAAGAGGAGCCUGAACCUCAACAUCUUCCUGAAGCAAUUUAAGUGCUCCAACGAGGAGGUCGCUGCUAUGAUCCGGGCUGGAGAUACCACCAAGUUUGAUGUGGAGGUUCUCAAACAACUCCUUAAGCUCCUUCCCGAGAAGCACGAGAUUGAAAACCUGCGGGCAUUCACAGAGGAGCGAGCCAAGCUGGCCAGCGCCGACCACUUCUACCUCCUCCUGCUGGCCAUUCCCUGCUACCAGCUGCGAAUCGAGUGCAUGCUGCUGUGUGAGGGCGCGGCCGCCGUGCUGGACAUGGUGCGGCCCAAGGCCCAGCUGGUGCUGGCUGCCUGCGAAAGCCUGCUCACCAGCCGCCAGCUGCCCAUCUUCUGCCAGCUGAUCCUGAGAAUUGGGAACUUCCUCAACUACGGCAGCCACACCGGUGACGCCGACGGCUUCAAGAUCAGCACAUUGCUGAAGCUCACGGAGACCAAGUCCCAGCAAAACCGCGUGACGCUGCUGCACCACGUGCUGGAGGAAGCGGAAAAGAGCCACCCCGACCUCCUGCAGCUGCCCCGGGACCUGGAACAGCCCUCGCAAGCAGCAGGGAUCAACCUGGAGAUCAUCCGCUCAGAGGCCAGCUCCAACCUGAAGAAGCUUCUAGAGACCGAGUGGAAGGUGUCUGCCUCCGUGGCCGAGGUCCAGGAGCAGUACACCGAGCGCCUCCAGGCCAGCAUCUCGGCCUUCCGGGCACUGGACAAGCUGUUUGAGGCCAUCGAGCAGAAGCAACGGGAGCUGGCCGACUACCUGUGUGAGGACGCCCAGCAGCUGUCCCUGGAGGACACAUUCAGCACCAUGAAGGCCUUCCGGGACCUUUUCCUCCGUGCCCUGAAGGAGAACAAGGACCGGAAGGAGCAGGCGGCGAAGGCAGAGAGGAGGAAGCAGCAGCUGGCGGAGGAGGAGGCGCGGCGGCCUCGGGGAGAGGACGGGAAGCCUGUCAGGAAGGGGCCCGGGAAGCAGGAGGAGGUGUGUGUCAUCGAUGCCCUGCUGGCUGACAUCAGGAAGGGCUUCCAGCUGCGGAAGACAGCCCGGGGCCGCGGGGACACCGACGGGGGCAGCAAGGCAGCCUCCAUGGAUCCCCCAAGAGCCACAGAGCCUGUGGCCACCAGUAACCCUGCAGGAGACCCCGUGGGCAGCACACGCUGUCCCGCCUCUGAGCCCGGCCUUGAUGCUACAACGGCCAGCGAGUCCCGGGGCUGGGACCUUGUAGACGCCGCGACCCCCGGCCCUCAGCCCACCCUGGAGCAGUCGGAGGAGGGUGGUCCCCGGCCCCUGGAGAGGCGUUCUUCCUGGUAUGUGGAUGCCAGCGAUGUCCUAACCACUGAGGAUCCCCAGUGCCCCCAGCCCUUGGAGGGGGCCUGGCCGGUGACUCUGGGAGAUGCUCAGGCCCUGAAGCCCCUCAAGUUCUCCAGCAACCAGCCCCCUGCAGCGGGAAGUUCAAGGCAAGAUGCCAAGGAUCCCACGUCCUUGCUGGGCGUCCUCCAGGCCGAGGCCGACAGCACGAGUGAGGGGCUGGAGGACGCUGUCCACAGCCGUGGUGCCAGACCCCCUGCAGCAGGCCCAGGUGGGGAUGAGGACGAGGACGAGGAGGACACGGCCCCAGAGUCCGCACUGGACACAUCCCUGGACAAGUCCUUCUCCGAGGAUGCGGUGACCGACUCCUCAGGGUCGGGCACACUCCCCAGGGCCCGGGGCCGGGCCUCAAAGGGGACCGGGAAGCGAAGGAAGAAGCGUCCCUCCAGGAGCCAGGAAGAGGUUCCCCCUGAUUCUGAUGAUAAUAAAACAAAGAAACUGUGUGUGAUCCAGUAAGGCCUCAGGCCCAGGCCCAAGGCCAAGUGAGAGAGCCCAGGCCACAGGACAUGCUGCCAUUCUGCCAAGAGAGGCUCUUCUGGGGGCCAGGCUGGGACUGGGCCCCGGAAACCAAAACUCCGUGCCUUACCCAGCCGGGGCCCUCCUGGAGCCUUCUUGGGGUGUUGUGGCUGGGACCCCGACAGGCACCAGUGCCCUGCCAGGCCUGGUGCCCUCCUGGACCGCCUGCACGUGCCAGCCUCCCACCUGCUUCCUAAAGGCAACCCUGGCCCACACCCGCAUGCGCCCGGUGCAGCCUGCCAAGGGCCAGUCGGGGGGUGCUGCGUCCUGUCAGUGUCCACCACAGCUCUGCCUGCCCUUCAGCCCAGCAGGGUUUAAUCAAAACGCAAUGCUUUGCAAGUCUUUACUGCUUGGAGGUGGCUGAGUUGGGGGCCCUGGGCAGGGGUAAGCUGGCAGGCAGUGCCAUGGCAGGCCAGGGUCCCCUCCCAUGGGGUCUGGCCCCCGUUCCAGCAUGUCCAGCCCCUGAAGUUGGAGUUGGGGGGCGGUCUGCCUUUGCUGCCACUGCCAGGCCUCUGCCCUGCAGCUGAAACUUGGCCAUCACAUCAACAGAAAACCCCUCCCAGUGCAAGCUGCCCAGCCUGGGCAGGCCCUGGGGACAAUACAGGUCCACCUGAGGGGCUGCAGGGUGACACCCAGCAGCCGCUGCCCCCUCACUGCCCACCCAGCGAGGGCAGCCUGCCCGAGCCUGCCCCCUGCCAGGUGUGUGCCCUGAGGCUGGCGGCUGGAUGCGUGGCCAAUAAAAAGCAGACCUAG